AUGUUGGGCUGCGGACCCAAAAAGCCCAAGACGGCCUUGGAGACCUAUGCCAAGACACUGCGCAACGGCUCGGCGGUAGAAGAGGAGGCACCUAUGCUUUUCCCGAUGUUCACGUUGGAGCUCAGCAAUCUUCUCUGCAUGCCGAAGCUCGAGCCCUUUGAGGUCCUGCAGGCGGCACAGCUGCUCGUCAACUACACCAGCAGCACGCAGGGCAACGCAGUUCUAGUCUCACACCAGUGGGUGGAACUGGAGCAUCCGGAUCCCGACUUCCGGCAGAUGCGCGUGUUGCAGGAAGCCCUGAAGCACCUCACAGUCGAAGUGCCCCAGAUACCUCUGGACGUC